AUGGGAUAUCAAAAUGUAACUACCAAAGGAAUCUCACAGUCAACAACGUCAGUACCUAACAGUCAACCGUCAAAUAAUACAAAUACCUCUCAGCCAAUACUUACAUUGCAACCAGUUAUAGUAUCAGUAGGAACAAUACUUACCUUCAAAGGAGGAAAUCAGGAUCCAGUAGAGUGGCUUGAGGCUUUCGAACGAGCUU